ACAACAACAACCCACACAAAAACUCUAAGAUUUAAAAUAUUAGAAGCACAAUCACGAAACACAAAAAACAUGGAUAACACUUUGGAUGAAAAUGGAUGGAAGGACUCGUUUGACAAAUUACUCGAUUCCCGAUCACUUCUGCCAAAUACAGAAGGUAGAAAAAAGACAGUAAGCGCAUCGUUUAACAUGGACUCGAGUGUGGAGAACAGCACGCACGAAAUAAUAGAAUCGAAUCACUUAAAAAACAAACAUUUGAAUAUCGAAGAUGGUUCAAGAAGUAAAUCUAUAUCGACUCCCUGCGACAAACGUUUGGGAAAGGAAAUAUUUAAUUGCGGACUGUCGCCGAUCACGCGCAUAAAACUAAGUGGUUUCAGAAACGAAAACUGCGACGAUGAGGAGUUGCGUUUGAUGAAAAGAGUGCGAAUCGACCAUAUAAAUAAAGCCACACCUGAUGCACACAUUUCUACUAACAAUUUGAAUACGAUUGUUGAAGCUUUGCAGCCUGCAAUUGUCUUAAAGCCAGGAAAGUGGCGCAAAUCCCUCAACACUUUUUCGCAGUCAAGAAAAAGCCUUUUAUGUCAGGGUCGCAAGUCAGUGUUUUUGAAACCACAAAAUCAAAUAGAUAACAAUUUCGAACAGGAAGUUCUAAAAUAUUGCAACCAAUGCAAAGCGCUGCCAUUCAAUGAUGCAUAUGCAGAGUCUAAAAUGUUGAAAACCAACAAGAUAGGCGAAGGUGCCUACGGUGAAGUCUUUCGAUAUACUCCAAAACAAUUGAAAAGUGACAAAAAGAACACUGACUUGGUAUUGAAGAUAAUUCCAAUCGAAGGUUCUAUGCAAAUCAAUGGAGAAGAGCAAAAAACCUUUGCUCAAAUCUUGCCCGAAAUAAUUAUUACACAAAAGAUGAGCAGUCUUGAGGCUGGUAAAAAUAAUUGUACCGAUGGAUUUGCCGGUCUGUACAAGGUAUCACUAGUUAAGGGAAAGUAUCCGCAACAUUUGACCAAGCUUUGGGAGCGAUACGAUGACGAAAAGGAGUCUGAGAAUGACCAUCCUGGAGUUUUUGGAGACACACAACUUUUCGUUGUACUAGAACUUAAGUUUGCCGGCAACGACAUGUCGAACUUUGAAUUCUUAAAUGCCGAACAAUCAUAUUAUGCAUUGCAACAGAUCAUUCUUUCGCUGGCCGUUGGCGAAGAACAGUAUCAAUUUGAGCACAGGGAUCUACAUUGGGGAAACAUAUUGAUUGGAGCCACCAAAAAGAAGCACAUAUCCUUCAAGCUUAAGAAUACCGAUUUUACUAUACUUUCCAAAGGCGUGGCCAUUACUAUUAUCGACUAUACGCUUUCAAGAAUCACCAUUGAUGACUGCUGCUACUUUAAUGAUCUCUCAACUGAUGAGGAACUUUUUUCAGCCACAGGCGAUUAUCAAUAUGAUAUCUACAGAAUGAUGCGGAGUGAAUUAAAGAACAACUGGUCAUCUUAUUCGCCAAAAACAAAUAUACAAUGGCUGUCCUAUCUUAAUGCCAAACUAUUGGAUGGCGUGAAGUAUAAAAGUGCCAAUACAAAGGUUCACAGAUUACACAUUGACAAGCUCAAGGAAUUGCAAAGCAUUAUGCUGACAUUUGAAAGUGCCGCACACUGCGCAAAACAUCUGUUUAAUAUGUGUUAA